AUGGCCCCUUCAAAGAAACAAAAAAUUUCCAAAGCUGAGAAAUUAUUAGCAAAAGAAAAAUCUAAGAAAGCUCAUGCAGCAAGAGGUCUAGGGACUGGUAGCCGAAAGAAUUUCACGCUUCCGUCCAGCUGGCAGGAGAAAACAUAUGAUAACAAGCCACUACGUUUUGUAAGCCCUGGGAAAACCGAAUACAAAACGCAGAAGGAUGUAGAGAAAGCUUUAGUAUCGACAAAUUUGAAGGAUUGCUUCAACAACCUUCCUGAAACGUCUGAAGAGGAAAGUGUAGGUGAUGAUGAUUCAGACUAUGUGCCAAGUUCAGAAGAAAAUACAUCCAUGGUUAGGUCUAAUAAAGACAAUCAAAAAGUAGAAAGGAGAUUAUUUGUGUGCGAGUCAACUCAGGUUGCUGACCUUGUUAAUCAAAUCAACAAGACUUCUAAAUGCUCCACAAAAGAUUGUAAUGGUAGGUGAACACUGCAUUAAUUAUUUAUUAAAUACACUCUAUGUCAAACCAACUUUUUUAAUACAGUAAAUUGUAUUUGGAUGUGUCAUUAAAACUUGUCAUAAUCUCAUGUAUAGAUAAAUAAAAAAUGUAUUGUUAGGAAAUGAAACGUUGGAUUAGAUUUAUUAAAUUUAUGAGGUAUUUAUCAAAAAUUUGCUUGAAGUUAAGAAAUUAAAUGGUACACGUUUCUGGGACACUUCAGUACCAGCACGACUGGCAGUAGGUCAAUAAGUUGAUUAGUAUCUCAUUUUCUCUUUUCCAUCAACAGGCAUUCUCAUUGUUGCAAAGAUCGAGACAAUAGGACUGGGUGGAACCCUGAAAAUUGCAUUCAGUUGCAAUGGUUGUGAUAUGCGGACGGUAAAUUUUAAUGGUUCGGCCCUUGUUGAAGGUUCCAAACGUACUGUAGUUGGUUUGGCUUUGGCAUUUUUUGUUACAGGACAUGGCUAUACUUAG